UCAAAGUCAGGCUGUGUUCAGACAAGCGCAAUCGACCCCUGAGCUCCGACUCUGAUCUAGGAUUGAUAAUCAAUUAUCGACGCAGUUAAAUAUCGUCACAAGGAUGUCAGACGCCAAGCAAGCCGUGGCACAGAAAAGUGUUAAAAUUGCAGCUGGUGCUGUGGUGUGUGUUGAGAGUGAAAUAAGAGGAGAUGUGACCAUUGGUGCUAGAACGGUUGUCCACCCAAAAGCACGGAUCAUAGCGGAGGCGGGGCCUAUUAUCAUUGGAGAGGGUAAUCUGAUAGAGGAGCAGGCGCUUAUUAUUAACAGUUAUCCAGAGAAUAUCAUGCCAGACACAGAGGGAGUUGAGCCAAAACCCAUGACAAUUGGGACCAAUAAUGUGUUUGAGGUUGGAUGUGUCUCUCAAGCUUUGAAAAUUGGAGACAACAAUGUGAUUGAGUCUAAAGCUGAUCUUGGGAGAAACGUAAUCCUGAGCAGUGGAUGCAUCAUUGGCGCGUGUUGCCAGAUCAACACGUGUGAGAUCGUCCCGGAGAACACGGUCGUGUACGGUUCGAACUGCAUCAGGCGCGUGCAGAGUGAAAAGCCACAGCCUCAGACUCUGCAGCUCGACUUCCUCAUGAAGAUUCUGCCCAACUAUCACCACAUGAAGAAGACGGUCAAAGGAAAUAGCACACCUGUGAGGAACUAAAGAGGGAGCUGGAUCCAGAGGUGUGCCCCCUGCAGCCCCAAAGCGUUUGCACACACAGACAUCAGACACAUAUUACCUUCAACUUGUCUUACUCUUUAAAGUUGUUCUCUAAGUCUACUAGAAUACCUCUGGUCUGAAGAACACCAUCAAUCUUAAGUGACAAUUUCUGGCUUUGCACUUCUGCUUUCAGUUCAACAUUAAGACUAUUCAUGAUAUAUUGUAAACCUGAAAUUGUAAAGUUCCCAUGUUAAUCAGUUAUUAUAUAUUUAUAAUUAUUCAGAUAAAGAUACAAAAUUAUUGCAAUAAAGAUUCAAAUAAAGAUUGCCCUUAAGCUUUUA